AUGCCCGCCCCCAGCGCUCCCCGCCGCCUGGCAGCUGCCGCCCCCGCCGGCAAGGCCAAGCUCACCCACCCCGGCAAGGCCAUCCUGGCAGGUGGCCUGGCCGGAGGGAUUGAGAUCUGCAUCACAUUCCCCACCGAGUACGUGAAGACGCAGCUGCAGCUGGACGAGAAGGCAAACCCUCCUCGCUACAAGGGCAUCGGGGACUGCGUGAAGCAGACUGUCCGUGACCAUGGCAUCCGGGGGCUGUACCGGGGACUCAGCUCGCUGGUGUAUGGCUCCAUCCCCAAGGCUGCUGUCAGGUUCGGCAUGUUCGAGUUCCUCAGCAACCACAUGAGAGAUGAGCAGGGACGACUGGACAGCACGCGGGGCCUCCUCUGCGGGCUGGGCGCUGGCGUUGCCGAGGCCGUGGUGGUGGUCUGCCCCAUGGAGACCAUAAAGGUGAAGUUUAUCCAUGACCAGACCUCCCCCAAGCCCAAGUAUCGUGGCUUCUUCCACGGCGUCCGGGAGAUCGUUCGGGAGCAGGGACUGAAGGGGACCUACCAGGGCUUAACUGCAACUGUCCUCAAGCAAGGGUCAAAUCAGGCCAUCCGCUUCUUUGUCAUGACCUCUCUCAAGAACUGGUACAAAGGGGACGAUCCCAACAAGGUCAUCAAUCCUUUUGUCACGGGGGUGUUUGGAGCCCUUGCCGGAGCUGCAAGUGUCUUUGGCAACACCCCCUUGGAUGUGGUGAAGACCAGGAUGCAGGGGCUGGAAGCGCACAAGUACAAGAACACCUGGGACUGCACCUACCAGAUCAUGAAACACGAAGGGCCCCUGGCGUUUUACAAGGGUACAGUGCCUCGCCUGGGCCGUGUCUGCCUCGAUGUGGCCAUCGUCUUCAUCAUCUAUGAUGAGGUGGUCAAGUUCCUCAACAAGGUGUGGAAAACGGACUGA